CCCCGCACGUGCGCGCUGGUCGGUUCCGUUUUCGUUAGCGGCCGCGACUUCACUACGCGCGCAGCGGGUUGCGCCAACUUCCCGGCCGGUGCUCUUGUGCGUGUCGUCGUCCCGUAGGCGAGGUGUCCGCCGAACUCCAAGACAAGCCACGCGCGAAAUUUGCCUGCCCCGUUUGCUUUCGGUAACGAUCGCCGAUGAUCGGGUGAGAACCAUAUAUUUCGUGCCCGCGCGCGCACGCACGCACUGCGAACGCUUGGUGAAGAAAAAAAGAGAGAAGAGGAGGCUGAAAAAGAACGGAGGAGGUGGGGAGCAUUGUUUCUGUGUCAAGCGGCGCGCGGCGCGCGUUGGCUCAGCUGGCUGAGGGUGUCAUUGACCUUCCCAGUCGAGGCCAGUGCCCUCUGAAUGGAAGCGGUACCGUUGCCCGCCCGGACCUGAGGAGCUCCGAUCCGAAUGUCGGCCACACACUAUGAAGACUACAAGGCGGCCCACAGAGUACAUUGCCCCGGGGCUACCAACACCGGGGGUCGUACCACAUCAGGUCCGGUGGCGCCGUCGCUGGUAGACUACUUUCCACAGGCCGCCGGCGAUGGGCUCAAGGUGGUCUGGGAGCAUGCCGUCAACAGCCGGCAGCGGCUAGCAAUGGCCCUGCGAGGACCCGGCAUGAUUCUUGAAGGAGACGUCAGCAUGGGGGCCAGCGGUCGUUACCCAGUGCCUGUCAUGGCGCACCCGUCUAUUACAGCAGCCUUCGGCAGUGGCGGUGGGAAUGGCGACUUGACGCUGGAUGAGUGGCUGCAUGAAUUGGCCCUAUGCGGCAUGCCCAAAGGUGCCAAGCUCGACUUCAAAUCCACCGAGGUCGUUGAACCUGCCUGCCGUAUCCUGGCGCGCUACAUUGACAAGUUGCAAGGGCCUGUGGUGCUGAAUGCCGAUGUGCUGCCAGGACCAGACUGUGCGGCUGUGCCUCCUGUGGAUGCCUGGACUUUCUUGACACUCUGCCGAACCCGUUUCCCUCGCUCCAUCAUUUCCCUCGGCUGGACAACCCAGGAAGGCUCCUGUCUGAAGAUGGGGUACACGCGGGAGAUGGUCGAGAGCAUGGGUGCUCUGGUUCGAGAGUACAACCUGGGUCAGCCUGUGAGCUUUCCUGUGUGGCUGCCUCUGGCACGUCGUUCGCUGGGCGACUUACAGCGGCUGCUGGCACAAGUGCCACGUUCUUCAUUGACUGUGUUUGCCCGCCGCGGUGAGCCCUGGGCAGCCGCACUGCCAGAUCUCGCAGCUCUACGCUCAGCCUUCAGCCCGUCGCUCGUCUACUACGACCUGCCACACGACCUGCUCCAGGCUUUUCUGCCGCUCUGCUAGGUCAACAUUCUCAGACAUUGUCGUCCGGCCAUGUUCGUCGUCAUCUUUGGCCAACUGUUGGAAGCCGGCGACCCAUCCACGUGAAAGGCAUCCACGACGUGUACCUGUGACGAUGAAAGCAAUCAAGACACCAGUGAAACUUCCGGCAUCAGUGUUGC